AUGGUUAAUAAAACAUUUUCGAAUAAUAUCAAACAAGUCGAUAUUGUUUUGAGAUUUGUCGAAAACUAUCCCAUAUUAUCGUACAAGAUUCAGUUUCUUCUACAUCGUGAUAUAUUCUCAACAGAUGGAUCAACACCAAAACACUUUUCAUCGAAAAUCAUGGAUAUAAAUACUCGUCAUCAACAGAUCUACUUCGAAAAUUAUCGAAUGAUUCUGUCAAUCUGCCGAUCAAGUUCAAAUAAGCAUAUAUUAUAUCGUCAUCUUAUUCCUAUUAAUUCGUCACAACAAAUGUAA